CUAUUACUUGUAGUAUGUGAUUUGAUCUCUGUUGCGCAACUGUUCUAUUCAGAUGGGUAGAUUGAUCUUGCAGUAUGUGAUUUGAUCUCCCUCUGGUUUGUUUGUUUGUUUGUUAUUAUGAAAAUCCAAGCUAUAGAGGAUGUCCAUAACCCAAUUAUCCCACCCGCCAUCUCUUCACCAUCACCAAUCAACCUGGAGAUUUCCAUGUGCCUCCUGAAUGAAAGAGCACCAAAAUUGUAGAAGAAGAAGAAGACGACAGAAGCAAAAAGCUCUCUUCUCAUUCUUCGUAUCUAUCCGAUCUCGAAGAGAUUGGAUCUUGUAUGCCAUACACAUUGAUGCUUUUGCUUCUUGUAGGAUUGGUCUUGUUCUGCUUAAGGAUCGUUGAACUGUUUGAUUUUCUAGCUGUUUGUUUCCUUAUGAAUCGGUUCUGUGUUUUUUCAUUAACUGUCGAAUCCUUUUGAAGGUUGGAAAAUCUAUCUGUUGGCUUCUAUCCUCCCAAUGUAUGCUGAUAUGGUCCUUUCUAUUUAAUGCAGUCAUUAUUGGGCAAGAUAUUUUUCGGAAUGAGAUUGGUUGCUAACCCCCUAGUGGGUUAGCACCAUGCUAACUAUCUUUCCAGCCGUUAGAUUAAAAUAGUAAUACAAGAGUCCUAAUUAAUUGAAGGUUAUUUUGAUCAAUUACUUUAUUAAAAUCUCUAAAUUAGGGUUGGGUCAUGUAGACCAAUAUUCUUAAUUAGGGUAAUCUAAUUAACCAACACUACCAUUAACAUUCUGGAGGUGAAAUUGGAAAACAGUUGGCUAGUUGUUUGGUGGAGUGGGGCAUUAGGAAGGUGUUUUGUAUAACAAUGGACAAUGCUAGUGUCAAUGAUGUGGUUGUUAUCCAUAUGAAGGAACAAUUGAAAGAGUGGGGAUCAAAUAUUUUGGAUGGAAAGUAUCUGCAGAUGAGGUGUGUGGCUCACAUUAUUAAUUUGGCUGUGAAGGAUGGGCUUAAAGAAACUGGUAAAUCUGCGGAGCGAGUGAGAGAGUCUAUGAAGUGGGUUAAAUCUACACCAGCUAGGAGCAGAAAAUUCAAAGAUUGCAUUGAUUUUGAAAAGAUAGUGUCGAAGAAAUGUGUUUCGUUGGAUGUAGCUACAAGGUGGAACUCAACGUAUCUGAUGUUGGAAUCUGCAAAGCCAUUUGAGAAAGUGAUGACUCGGUAUUUGCACAUGUUUUCCCCUUUGUUUCUUGAUUGUUUGAGCUUGAAUUAUCGUGUCUUUGGCCUAUUUUAUGCUAGGUUGUGUUCCUUUAUCACAUUUCAGGUCCUAGCACAUAAAGUGAAGCAUAGGCGCAAGUUUCAAGUCAAUCAGAGAUCAAUUGACGAUUCGGGAGAAGAAACUCGGGUAUGAUCUGAAGAAGAAUGGAUUUCUACCUCACUUUAUGGACAAAGAAUCAUGCAAGCUUGUCAUGAAAAGAAAGAGGACGAGACUAUGAGCGUCUGGGAUCAAACGGCGACUGAUUCGGAGUCCGGACGAGGGAGAAACGAAGCAUUAAACAGAGCCUGAGCAAGCCACACGGGCACAACCCACACGGCCGUGUGGCCGUGUGGAAAUCACCGAGCCUUCACACGGGCAGCUGGGAAAGCCACACGGCCGUGUGAGUCGGGAAUUGCUGGUUAAAACUCGAUUUUCAGCAAAAGGAAAGGGGGAGAGCUGGGGUUUGGAUCCCAAACACCCAAGGGACGAACCCUAGAGAGAGAGAGCGACUUGGGAACGUUCUUGGAGCUAUUUUGGAGGAUUUCUUCGUCAUUGAAGCUCGGGAAUCAAGCUUGGAGAUGGAGAUUGAAGAUCUAGAUCAGAUUUCUGCAGUCUCUCUCUUCUCUAUGGAGUAACUUCCCUUCACUUAGGUUUUGAGGAACCCUAGUUCCAUGAGUUAGGAUCUUUCUUGUAUGAAGUUUUGAAUGCUAUAUUGUUUGAUUAUAAUCGAAUGAUGCAUGUUUAUUGAGUCAAUUGAAGUCUGAUCAACUUUUCGUGAUUUCUGCUGCAACCUGAGAUAGAUAGAAUCUGAUUAGGUUGUUAGAGCCUCAUCAUUCGGUAGUAGGAGAUUGGCUAUACGAGAGUUAGCCAGUUUACUGCUUUGUACUGGAAUCCAAUUCCAGUAGUGGAGUUCUGUGCUUAUUGCUUCAGCUGUCUAUCCCGGUGAAGACUAGUCGUCUGCCGGAUAGUUAGACUGAGAGGGCUUGGUCAGCUUAAGAGAUUCCAAGCUACUGUCGGAUCUUCCGCAGUUUAAUCAACAGUAAAACAACCAAAAGGAAUUACAACUUGGACCUAAUUGAGGAGCUAGGGGGAAUCAUACCUAAGCGAGUUCCCAAACUGUAAUUAGUAGUUUUACUUAUUUUAGUUAGUAGAGUAGUUUAGUUAAUCAAUCCUUAAUCUAGUUUGCUAGAUAAUGAACUGAAGCUGAGUAAUAGUAACUCUAGAGACCCGUGGAUUCGAUAUUUAUUACUUGUGACACUAUACUGCAGUCCCUUUCAUUGGUUACACUUGGCCAUUGUUAGGUGUUGUAUUUUAGAGCAUCAAGUUUUUGGCGCCGUUGCCGGGGACUUUCUAGAGUAUUAGGAAAGGCAGAAGUUUGUUACUUUAGCGUUUUUCUUUUCUUUUUCCACCCUUGCUUUUCACUUGGGUGUUUUUGUUUUUGUUGGUGCAGAUCUGAAUCAUGGAUCCUCAUGGCUUCUCCAACCAUUGGGGGUAUCCACCACCACCCGAGUGGUAUUACCCCGAGACUCCCUGGAGCAAUCAAGGAGGAGAAGACUAUGGAUUCGGGUUCCAGUACCAACCCCCUUUCUACGGAGAACAACCAGACCCCUGGGCACAUCAAGAACAACCUCAUUACCAAGAAGACUUUCUCCCACAACCAGAAGGUCCAUCGGAGCUGGAGUUACCCAUGGCGGUCUUCGCGGGCCACUCUGCAGAGCCAUGCUACACUUCACUGGAGGAUCCGAACGAACAAUUAAGGCUUCUCGUGGAGCAGUUUGCUCGAGACACUGAGAAAUCAUGCUCCAAGAUGGAUCUUCAAAUCAAAGCCCUUGCCACUUCCGAUCCCUCAUUUCUCCAUGAUAUGGAGGAGACUGUUCAGUGCUCAGCGAAGCAAACAGAGUGGGUGAAGCAAGUUUGCUCACAUCUUGCUCAAGAUCACCUUUCUGCUACCACGCUAGAAGAGGUGGAGGAUGACAAAGGCUAUGGGAGCGUUGAGGAGCAUACAGAAGUUAUCACAGAGAACUCCCAUGAUAACCAUGAUCAGGAAAGUCCUUUGGUUGCAGACCACACCUUUCCUCAUUUAUGCUCUAACAUGCUGGGCCCGUGUGAGGAGAUGCAAGAUGAUCCCAUUGAAGAAAUUGCUUGGCGACUUGCUCUCCAAUCUGUUCUAGAAGAAGAAGAGCGAGCAAGGAUGAGGAAGGAAGUUGUGGAUGAUGAGGAAGAAAGAAAAGAAGAGGUGGUUCUUGAUCUUUUCCCAGGGGAGAGACCACAUUUUGAAGAAGGAAGGGGGGUUGAGGAAGCAAUUGGCGUCCAGGCUGAGGAAGAAGUUGAGGUGGAAGAGGCAUGCACCGGCCAUGAGUUGCAAGUAAUAUCCCCACCAAACUUUGAGGAACUGCUUGGCAAGGACCCAUUUGCAGUGUCUCUUUGCCAGACCAAGGCCACAUCGACAUCGGUCCCUCUUGGUGGACGCGAUGGUGGUCGGUCGAUGCUGUCAUAUCUGGUUUGGGGCAAUGAGACGAGAGAAGAGAAGAAGAGGUCUCGAGGGUGGAGACUUCAUCUGCAUCAAGUACAUGAGCCUUCAUCACCUGCCACACCACAUGCUCGUGAUUUGAGACUCCACCUCAUCGACGAGAACCUCAACUUCAAUGAGUUUCUAGCAUGGACCGAAACUUAGGAGCCAUCGUCCGGCUCACGAUGUGAAAGAAGCGCUUGUUUGGGAGGCAACCCAACCAGUCGGUUUGCAUUUCUUUCUCUAUUUCUCCUCGGUUGAGUCAGUUGCUAUUGGAUUUUAGAGUCAAUAACUCGACCUUUGUGAGAUUUUGUGUGGUGUUUGUGUUCUGAUUACUCUCUAUUUCUGGAAUGCACCACCUGACCCGUUCAUCAUCAUUCACCCUCGAUCUGGUAACUUCGUUCUACCCUCCUUAUCUUUCCUCCAUUGAGGACAAUGUCGUGCUUAAGUGUGUGUGUGUGGGGGGGGGGGGUGUUCGAUUAUGUAUGCGGGUGAAUGUUUGGCUGUUUGUGUGCUUGUAGCCUAGUCCACUGUCCAAAUUUCGAUUUGAGGGCUCCAAGUACGUGUUUCCUUGCAAAUUGCCUGCUCAGUAUGCUUUGAAUUGACAGUCUUUAUAGUAAUGUGCAACCUAGGGAGGUAGUGUAGCACUAUGGAGGAUGUUGAAGUAUAAGAUUUUUCCUAUCUAGCUCUCUGUUGUGCCAGUUGAUUUUGUGAAUUAGUGGAGCUAAGACCGUUGAAUUCAUGUGGUAAUGGUGACUCUGUUUGGAUUAUGUUAUGGACUCGUGUAUCGAACAGGGUGCUCAUAUGGAAAAUGGGAAGCAGUUGGUCCUCCAUGUCAAAAUCAUUAAAUCUUAAACAUGGGG